AUGGUUGAGCAACCACCACUUGCUGGGCUCCAAGUCCUCGAGUUUGCCGGCCUGGCGCCGGGCCCUUUCGCUGGUCUGCUUCUCGCAGACGCCGGCGCCAACGUCCUUCGUAUCGAUCGUCAUAUCCCUAAUGCCCGAACGCAGCCUACGUCGGACGUGCUCACGAGGCACAAGUCCUCCAUAGCAAUAGAUUUAAAGUCGAUAGAUGGCAGCGACCUCAUCAAGCGGCUAGCCAAGCAGGCCGACAUAAUUAUCGAUCCGUUUCGCCCCGGCGUGUUAGAAAAGCUCGGCCUCGGUCCGAAAAUUUUAUGCGCCACGAACCCUCGCCUCAUCUAUGCCCGUAUGACCGGAUUCCGCCGCGAUGGCAAAUAUUCCGCAAUGGCCGGCCACGAUAUCAAUUACCUCGCCGUAUCGGGGUCACUUUCCCUGUUGGGAAGAAGUGGCGCGAAACCACAUUCGCCCUAUAAUAUUUUAGCAGACUUCGCGGGUGGGGGCGCGAUGCUAUUCCAAGGUAUUCUACUCGCUCUCGUCGCGAGAGAGAAAACUGGAAGAGGACAGGUCGUUGAGGCGAACAUGGUCGACGGUGCUAGUUAUCUGGCGACAUUCCCUCGAAUGCUGCUGAAGACGCCGUUGGGCAACCGUCCACGGGGAGAAAAUCUGCUGGAUGGAGGGUGUCCAUAUUACGAUACGUAUGAAACAAAAGACGGGCGGUAUAUGGCGGUCGGCGCGUUGGAGCCGCAGUUCUACGCCGUCCUGGUAAAAGGACUAGGGCUAGGCGAUCAGGACUGGGAAACGCGGCGUGAGGACCGGGAAAUUUGGCCAGAGAUGAGACGAAAAUUCGAAGCGGCCUUCAAGUCCAAAACUCGGGCGGAAUGGGAGCAGAUCUUUGACGGCACCGACGCUUGCUGCACUCCGGUGUUAGAGUAUUCCGAGCUGGAAACAGACGCUGCUCGCGAUGGCGAUCAACGUCCGGCGGUGACGCUGCGAAGGACGCCGUGCCUGGCCAUCAGCGAGAAAGGCGCCGACCCUAAUAUCCACGGCCAGGGUCCGGGCGUUGCCGGGGGUGGCUAUACGGGUAGGGUCCUCUACCCGGGUCAGGGAGGUGAGGAAGCUCUGAAAAAAUGGUACGGCUGGACGAAAGGGAAGGACUUCAGCAUCGAGAAUGGAGGGUUCGUGUUGAAGAGCAAACCGAAACUGUAG